CGGGGCUUCUGUCACGUUGCGCGAAUGUGUGGAAGUGUGCAGGAAAGAGCGAGCGGGCUCCGGUCAGCGGCGGCCGCGGCUCCAGCUUCCACGAAUGAGCGAAAGGAACAUCCCCUCAAGUGGGCACCUGUUUCUCCCAUCAUUUGACAUUUCUCAGGAUCCUUGGGAAUCUAAGCAGUGCACCAGGCAGUUGAAGGUGCUGCUGUAAUGUGAGGAAGGGAAGAUGGAGUGCUGGGUUUCAGCCAAGAGAACUGUGGGACUAAAUCCCUGAAUAAGUCUGGGAGUGUUGUGUCUUCUUCAGGCAGAGAGAAUGCACUGAUUCGUUAAACUGUACCCAUCCAGAGGUGUUGCGUGCAGGCACCUUUUUUCUUAACAGGAAAAUGAAAAGGAGUUGAUUGCUUAUGUCCGUUUCAUGUGGAUUUCAAACUGGCAUAGAGAAAAAAGGACUUGAGUUUGACAAUGGAUCAGGCAGUGGCAAUAGAAGCCUCCACCCUGUAGCCCUUUGUCGCUAUGAAUGAGGACCUGACACAGGAUGACCUCUUGGACCAGCAGGGGAAUUGUUUGCCAGCCACCUCAGCUGACGUUGAGAAUCAGCAAAAUGAUGCUCUAGGGAAGCAAAAUGGUGCCUGCGAAGAAGUAACACACAUGUUUUGUGGUGGGUCCACUGAAAGUGGCUCUGGUGGAAAUGAAUCCAAUGGGACCAGCACUCAUGGUCUUGAAUCUAAUGGCAGCCCACCCAGGAAUUCCAAUGGGCAGGAUAGAUGUAGAAGUGGCAGCUGCAGCAGCAGCAGUGAGCUGUUACACUGGAACCAAAGAAGUAAUGAAAAACUUAAGAUGCUGAUCCGGGAAAUAAAACUAUAUCUCCCUGCGGAGAAAGUGGAGAAAUACAGCAAAGGCAGCACCCUCGGAGCCCUCAACUAUGCGUUGAAGUGUGUCCAGCAGAUACAAAGUGACAGCAGGUUUUUUCAGGCUUUUGGUGAAUGUGGAGCAUAUCAGUCAGAUGCCCCUGCAUAUAGCGUGGGAGAGCUGGCAGCAGUUACGUCCGAACAUGCCCCCAGAAACACAGACACCUUUGUGGCCAUGUUUUCCUUGUACUCUGGGCGGAUGGUGCACAUCUCUGAGCAAGCAGCCUUUAUUCUGAAUUGUAAAAAGAAAUGUUUGGACUCCUCCCGCUUUGUGGAGCUGUUGGCCCCUGAGGAUGUGGGUACCUUCUACACUCACACCAACUGGUGUCACCUGCCACUUUGGAAUAUGGAGGCCAAAACAGAAUCCCUUUAUGAAUAUGCACAAGUGAAGUCCUUUUUCUGCAGACUCAGAAGAGGCAAAAAUCAAGACCAAGGGAAGCGCUACUACCCAUUCCGGAUCACCCCUUAUUUGGUCAACAUCUAUGACUCAGACCCGAAUGAGCCCACGUCUUGCUGCUUGGCUGUAGCUGAAAAAAUUCAUUCUGGAUAUGAAGCUCCUCGAAUUUCUCUGGAAAAGAGGAUCUUCACCACUGCUCAUAACCCCGGCUGUCUCUUUCUGGAGGUAGAUGACAGAGCUGUGCCUCUGCUGGGAUACCUUCCUCAGGAUUUGCUUGGCACAUCCAUCCUGAGGUACCUUCACCCAGAUGAUCGACCCCUCAUGGUUGCCAUUCAUCGUAAGGUGCUGGAGUUUGUGGGUCACCCUCCCUUCCAGCACUCGCCCGUCCGAUUUUGUACUCAGAAUGGGGACUACGUCAUCCUGGAUACCAGCUGGUCCAGUUUUGUGAAUCCUUGGAGCAGGAAGGUUGUAUUCAUCAUUGGACGGCACAAAGUCAGAACGAGCCCUCUGAACGAAGAUGUCUUUGCAGCAAGAAGCAGAGAGAUAAACAGCAUUGACCAAGAGAUCUGGCAGCUGCAAGGGCAGAUCUAUAAGCUGCUUCUGCAGCCAGUUCAUAGCAAUGGUUCUAGUGGUUAUGGAAGCCUUGUUAGCAACAGAUCUUAUGAACACUACAUCAGUGUAGCAUCUUCCAGUGACUCCAAUGGGAAUGGCGUGGAGGAAAUCCAGAGGGAGCUACAAGUCUUUGGGGAUGUCAACAGACUCAAGAACGUGGGUCAGCAGCUGUACAUUGAGUCGCACAGUAAGCCUCUGACCAAGAAAGAGCAAGCUCCGGGUGUAGAGGGGCCGGGAGGCAAGCAACCUGGUGCUCCCAGGUUGACUCACGUCGUUGGCGGUGGCAGCCCUGGAGACCUACCAGCUGUGUCUUGCAAUGAUUCGAGAAGCACAAGCUAUGUCCUGUCCUAUCAGCACAUUAACUGUAUAGACAGCAUUAUCAGAUACCUGGAGAGUUGCAGUAUUCCUGCAUUGAAAAGGAAGUGUGAAUCCUCUACAAAUGCAUCCUCUUCAUCCUCAGAUGAUGACAGGCAAGCCCAGCUAAGCCAGAAUGACAAGCAGAUCUUGGAAGAUGCCUCCAGCAUGUACUCCAUCACUCCCCAGCCACCUGAAAUAUCCAAACUGCAAGUGGGUGCAAAGCAGCAGCAGCAGCAGCCAGCAACAGUGGUGGGUGCUGCAAUGACAGACCUGGCGCUGACAGCCAAGGCUUUGAGUGUGGCGUCUAUGACUAGCCAGUGCAGCUACAGCAGCACACUUGUCCACUUCCCACACCCGGAGUCAGAAGCGACUGCUGUAGAAGAGGCCACUCUGCAAAGUGAACAGGUGGAGUUCUCCCCGGCCAACACUCCCGGGGCAUCUGGGGCUGUUCCGGAGGAAGUCAGGCUGGUCGGGCUGACCAAGGAGGUCUUGUCGGCUCACACCCAGAAGGAAGAGCAGAACUAUGUGGACUGGUUCCGCCAGAAGAUCCUGCUGUCCCCCUACAGGUCGUACCUCCAGCAUGGAGGAGCCCAAAGCAACCAGGUUCCUUCCCAGGACCAAGGCGACAUCCAUCCCAAGCAGACCAGCCCUGUGAUCUGGGAAAGAAAGCCCGGGCUGGGGCAGUUCAAGCGCCAGAAGCCGCUGGCCUCUGCUGCCAGCAGAAGUGGAGCCUGUGAGCAGCAGGCCACUGCAGUGGUGGCUCCCUCCGAAGGAUCCCAUCAUGGCCCUUCCAGUGUGGUCCUCCCUGCUGUCGAUCCUUACUCAGUAUCUGGCUUUCCUGUGGCCCCUCUGGGAGGGGACCAUGCCUUGCUGCCUUCAGUAAUCGUUCAACCGUGUCUGCCCUGCAGUUUACAGCCCAUCCCAGCAUUCCCUGCUCCAUGCAUGGGCGGCAGCUUCAUGGCUGUCCUCUUGCAGAACUUCCCAGUGUAUCCGCCGCUGCCAUUCUUCCCUGCACAGCUGCCCUGUUCCUCCACUUCCUACCCCUGCAGUGUGAUGCCCCCAGGCCUGCCUUCCACACUCUCUUCAUCUGUGGCCCUGCCAGACCCUGUGGAGCACAUUUUGCUCCCCUCCACACCUGCAUCUGCUGAGGAAGAGCAGCUGGCAUCCUCUGGGGAUCAGCCCCAGAGGCUCCUCAGCCACUCGCGGAGCAGCUCCCCUCUGCAGCUGAACCUGCUUCAAGAAGAGCUGCCCAAACCCUUGGAGCCUCCCGGCACAGCGCAGGCCCCGCCGGCGUGCCCAGAGGCUAAGUGUGACGAGGAUGGGGAGGAAGGCAGUGGAAACAAUGACAGCCACUCCGUUUCCAGUAAACUGUUUGACCUCCUGCUGCUGGAAGACUCUCAGACUGGAACUGAUUCAGCUGCCUCAGGCAGUGGGUCCGCAGAAUCCAGCUCAUUGGUCUCUGGGUCCAACGGGACAUCCGGUUGUGGCACAGGCAGCAGAAACAGCAGCAAAUACUUUGCCAGCAAUGAUUCCUCCAAAGUCUCAAAAGGAGGGAAGAAGAGUCAGGAGGAGGAGGCGGGGGAAGGGCUGUCUCAGCCAACCACGUUGGUGCGGAUGGCGGUGGAUGGUUUGCCUGAGCCUGGCCAGAUGACCUACCAAAUCCCAAAGCGAAUUGCAAAGGAGGUGCUGAAAGAAGACCUGGAGAAGCUGGCCGCCAUGGAGAGCAAGCAGCCCCGGUUCACGGAGGGGCAGAAGGAGGAGCUGGCUGAGGUCCACCCCUGGAUUCGUACCCAGGCUGUCCCCCAAGAAAUUGACACCCAGGGCUGCGUCAUGUGUGAUGACAGCAAGAGCACCAGCUGGAACAUCACAGUGCCCGACGACAGAGGCCCACAUGAGGAGGACUGCAAAGACCUCCUCCUUUCUGAUGCGCCGCUGCAACUGCAGGCACCGUCCUAGAGACACUGGCUCUUUGUCUACACACAACCCUGCUGGUCUUUCUCUCUGGGUGCGCAACAUGUUGAUUCCAAAGCCAUCCCUCCUUUCCCACUGGUGACCGUCUUCACUUUUGAAACUAUUUCAGUUAAUAUUUGAUCCUUCUUUAGGACGGUGCAGGAAGGACCCCACUGUAAAUGGCCAGCUGAUUCUCAGGUGGACCUGCACGGGAAAACAUGGGUAGCCCAGGUAUGCCAGUGCUCAGUUAUCCCCAUCCCUCAACCCUCUUGCUUCUACUUUGCUGUUGGAGAUCAUCUGGUCACACAUGGCCCUCUUUGGGUGGGCAUUACAACUCCUGUGUGUGUUGUUGCUGGGGUGCCAAACUCUUGCUGCAGGCUGGCUUUCCAGGCACCUUUGAUAUGGGCCUCUCUCGCCCAGCAGAGUUGCUGUUUCAAAGUUCUCUGCUGAGGAACGCUGUUUUGAGUUGGUCCAAAGACCCACCUUUCCCUCGUGCUUUCAGUGGAGGAAAAAAUCCACCUCCCGUGAGUCUUCAGCAGGCUCUUUUUCAUCUCCUGGAGUUCAGAGCAGGGCCUUCCAGGGGUCUGAUUUCUCCUCCUUCUUGAGGUGGUUUGCAUAUAACACUAAGCCAAACAUGACUUAACGUGAACAUGGUUUCCCUGAGAUCUUUUACCCUCCUGUUGUUGAAAACUAAGCUAUGGUUUGGCUUAGCAUGUCAUCUAAACCAAGCUCGUGGAUUGUCUCACUUCAGACCAACUAUGAGCUGUAACCAAGGCGUGUCCUGAGGUUUGCAGCUUGUAACUUAUCUGGAAGAGACAAACCACGAGACAAAGUCAAGCUGGAGCUCCUCUCUGGGCCAUUGCUAAGCCAUGGUUUGGCAAACCAGCUCUCCUUCUGUGCAGCAUUUUGCUCCUUCUACUCCUGGACCCUGUAAGAGUAAGACCUUUGUGCAAAAGGAAGAGGAGGGCAGCCUUGUGGAAUGAACCUGUCUCCUUUACAGUUUUUUGAAUUAAAAAUUCUCGUUCCAUCCAAGUGCUGCUUUCUCCAUUCAGCAGCUCCUCCUUAAGGGUUAAGGGGUAGGCAGAUUUCUCCUCCUGUGAUCCUUCUGUUGCAGUCUGUGCUGCAUGCAGUGCAGCCUCAAUGCUGGCAUAUAUGCCACUUGCAAAUAUUUACAAGGAAAAAGAGAAGCCCAGCUUGAGUAUGAAAAGUGGGCGGGUUUCCGUGUGUACCCAGGCAUGCACUUUGGGGCUUUGAACUCGGAGCCACAGUGCACUAAUGUCUGUCGUGGGAUAGGAUUAGUAACUGGGCGGCAAACUUUAAUUCUUGAAUUAAAGAAUACAAAGAAAGAGAGAGAUCUGCAAGUGGCUAGAAAAGCAGGAUUUGCCUGUACAGAGAACGUGCAAAUUGGGCUGGUUCAAACUGCAUUUGAUUUUCAGAUGUCUCUUGAAGACUUUUAUGCCAGUAGGCCCAUGCAUUUGUUGAGUGGUCAGCCAUCUUAAUGAUUGUUUGGUGCUGCUUUUAAAGGAUUUUUCAUGAUGCUGCGCACCACUCUGAUGUCUUAUGAGAGGGAAAUAUAUAUAUAUAACAAAAAUAUAACCAUGCCCUUCUCCAACUCCAAGGAGAGAGCAGCAUUUUAACUUGCCAAGACUCCUAGAGGUGCCUUGGUGUCCUUCUGCCUCCGAAUCACACCUAGUUAUCUACCUUCUAUUUUCUUGCAGCUAGCCAGGAAAUGAAGUAGGUUCUUCGGUGUUUUCCUCCUUGGGAAACCGCUUUUUGAAAAGGAAAAAACAAACCAGUACGGACAUGUUUACGACCACAGCAAAUCAACAGGAAGGGCAGCUAGAUUUUCAGAGGGCCAGCCUUCCAUGAGGCAAGAAAAAACUGCUAGUUUGGGUUAUCAGCCAGGGCACCAGAGUAGAGCUUGGAAGAAAGAGCAGGUCCUUGCAACAGAAUCCACCCCAUUCAUUUCAGUGCAGCUUGUGCAAAAGAAUUUCCCCAUGUGUUGGGCCUGGGGUGAGUGAAUCAUAGAAUAGUAGAGUUGGAAGGGGCCUAUAAGGCCAUCAAGUCCAGUUCCCUGCUUGAUACAGGAAUCCAAAUAAAUCAUUAAAUUAUAUGUGUGUUUUCUGCUUUGGACACAAGCAGCCCCUGGUCCAUGGGAUGUAUGGUCCCAGGCUAUUCUCUGAAGGCACAUGAAGCCAGCACCCUGCUGAAGCUAAGCAGGGUCAGGUCUGGCCAGUGCCUGGAUGGGAGACCACUUAGGAACCAUAUGUAAGCCACCUUGGGUUUCUAGCAUGGAAAAAAGGUGGGGUAUAAAUGUAAUAAAUAAAUAAUUUGAUGCUGAUGGAGACAAUGUCAAGAUUUGAAUUAAGAAAGAUAAGCUGUUCUUUUGGCUGGGUCACAUUGUCAGCGGGUGGGAUUUUUGUUUUCCUAAUUGCAAGCCACAACUUCAAAUGUGUGGGUUAGAUCCAAUGUUAGUCUAGUAGAUUUAGUUGGAUCCAAACCUGCACUUCCAAUUAGUGGGAUUUCUAAACUGGUUUGGGGGCAAUGCAUUUGUUGUUUGUAUCAUACUUCCAAUAUGUGUAUUUUUAAAAGGUGUUUGUGUGAGAUGGGGAGUUUGUUUCUUUAUAAAAUAAAGCUAAGUCUGACAGUCCUCCUGGGGGAGUGACUGCACGUUGUACUCUCUUA